AUGAUCUUAGAAAUUCGUAUAAAGCGACCACAGUCUCAAAUCAUAUUUAAUUUAAACCAGAUCGUGCUGAACUUCAGCUCAUCGGCAAGCAACAACAACCGCUAUCCAAGAACACCUAGAGCCUUCUUCUCUAUGCUAACUUUCACUUCAGAGACAUGCAGAAAACUCAAGGAUUGGAUACUUAAAGAGCUGAUUGAAAAAGAUCCCGAUAUAGCCGCAGAAUUGACUGAUUUUGUCUUGGAAAUAGUAAAAGAUCUAUCGAGCAUCAAUGACAAGACAGAUGGCUCUCACGAGGCUCAAGAGUUGGCUAAGUUGCAGCUCAAGGGAAUCAUAAAGAAUCCGCAAAAAUUGCUUUCUCAAUUGCCAUUGAAGCUUGGCUUGCUGGAAACUCAGGAAAAAAACCUGAGUCCAACAUCAUCUGUUAAAGUCCUCAAUAUUCCAAUUCGAAAUUUAUCCACAGAUCAGAUUCGGGCUCAAUUUCAACUUUUCGGCUCCAUCAAAACGUGUAAAGCCUCUGUCCAGAAGCGCCAAGCUAUUAUACAAUAUCACAACGAGUCUUGUGCGAUCCGGUGCACCAAAUCUACGACCGUUUUCUUCAACAAUAGAUUUGUCAAAGUUGAGCUGUUUCACGGAAAUAUUGAAGAGUUUGAUGGUAUCACUCUCAUAGCAUCUCACCAAAGCGCAAAAAAGCCCGAUACUACAAUCUCGAAACAAGUAUCGCCUUCUCCAGAGGAAAAUAACCUUAACAAACGAAUUGAGCAGGUACAAAAUGUUCAGCAGACUAUAUUCGAGAAUAUCCAAAAGUCAAACGAGACUUUCAAGACGGAUUUCAGUGAACUUUUAAACUCCAAAGAGAAACUUUUACAUGCUCAUCAAUCGCUUCUGAAAGAGCUACUGAGAAAAACUACAGAAAUUUCGUCCGAUGAAGAAAACACCAGUCUAGGUCCACUAUUACUAGAGUUCAAACAGCUGCAGAAAAGUAUGGAUGAGCUUAGCAUCACACCCAAAGAAAUGACAGAGAUAAAGAUACGGAAGUUGAAUAUGGACCAUCCCAACGAGCUCGAGGUGAAAGAUGCCCGCGCAGCAGCGUCGAAGAAAAAACGAGCCAAGAAGGCUGCUUUGGUGAGGAAAAAAAUGCGGAGGAAAAGAUGA